CGUAGGAGACGUGAACGACUCUCUUCAUCUGCUGAAGUACCGGAAUGGAAUCUACCAUCAGUCUCCUGUCCGAGAAGCACUUCCUGUGCUCUCUGUGUGAGGAGAUCUUCAGCAACCCAGUGACAACGCCCUGCGGACACAGCUUUUGUAAAGCAUGUCUCCGUGUUUACUGGAGCCGCAGCGGGUCAGACGAGUGUCCACUCUGUAGGAGGGCCUUUGGCUCCAGACCCCAUAUCAGUGUGAACCGCAUACUGGCGGACGUCACUGAAAACUACAGGAAGACACGUUUGGCUGCUAAAUCCAAGUUCUUCAGUAUGGAUGAACUUCAGGAUGAACCUAAGAAUGCAGGAGAGGUGCAGCAAAUGAUUCAGGAAAGAGUUCAGAAGAUUGAGAAACUUCAGAAUUCCUUAAAGCUCCUAAAGAGCACAUGUCUUCGGGAGGUUCAGGAAAGUCAAAGGGUGUUUUCUUCUCUGUUGAGCACCUUAGAGAAGAGCCAUAAACUGGUAGUGGCUGCUGUUGAGCAGAAACAAAAAGAGGCGGAGAAAAGAGUUGAAAGACUUGUAAAAGACCUGGAGAAAGAAAUGCUUGAACUGGAAAAUGGACACACCAUCCCUGAGCACUUGGAUGACAAGGAGCGUCUUAAAAAGAGCUUCAGUGAUAUACCACGAGCGAUGAGAGACUGGUCUAAAGUCACACUGGAGACUGAUCCUUGUGUUGGCUUCACCAGGCAGGCCGUGGUGGACUUCAUGGAUACAGUCACGAUGGAAGCUAAAAGACUUUCUAAAGCUGGUAUGACUGCAUGA